GUGCCCGGCGGCGCGGGGCGCGGCGCCCGCGGGUGUUCGCGGGGCGCAGAUCGUACCAUCUGCGGCCGCCCCCCUCCCCGUGCACUGCGGAGAAUCCUCGCACGGCAAUAGCAGCCAGAUAAUAACAAUAUUAUUAGAGCCUGGAACCGAUAUAUUAUAGACACAUAAAAAACCCCCACCAUGUCGGUUGCCUUUGCUUCUGCUCGCCCAAGAGGCAAAGGAGAGGUCACCCAGCAAACUAUCCAGAAGAUGCUGGAUGAAAAUCACCACCUAAUACAAUGUAUUAUGGAUUAUCAGAGCAAGGGAAAAACUGCAGAAUGUACUCAAUACCAACAAAUCUUGCACAGAAACUUGGUUUAUUUGGCAACAAUAGCAGACUCUAACCAGAAUAUGCAGUCCUUGCUUCCUGCUCCACCAACGCAAAAUAUAAACUUGGGCCCAGGAGGGAUGAGUCAGAGCGCAUCCAACCAAUCCCUCCACUCCCAGAGCAAUCUCAGCGAUGCCAUCGGGACCGGCCUUCCUCCCUCCUCCCUCAUGCAGAGUCAGAUUAGCAAUGGUCCUAACCACGUGUCUAUGCAGCAGUCAGGCCAGAGCACCAUGCCCACGACCUCUCUGAGUAUGACUGUCAGCAGCCAUGGGACUGGCCCUGGUUACAGCCACACAGUGCCUGCGUCUCAGAAUGUGCCAAUGCAAGGCCAGGGCUCAAUAGGCAAUUACGUCUCUCGAACAAACAUCAACAUGCAGUCUAAUCCAGUCUCCAUGAUGCACCAGCAAGCAGCAACGUCACAUUACAACUCUGCACAAGGAGGGAGCCAGCACUACCAGGGACAAUCCUCCAUUGCCAUGAUGAGCCAGAGCAACCAAGGCAACAGCAUGAUGGGGCAGCGACCCAUGGGCCCUUACAGAGCUUCACAGCAAGGUUCCUCGCAGCAGUACAUGGGUCAGGAAGAAUAUUACAGUGAGCAGUACAGUCAUGGCCAAGGCUCCUCAGAACCUAUGAAUCAGCAAUACUAUCCAGAUGGACAUGGUGAUUAUGCCUAUCAGCAGUCAUCCUAUACUGAACAGAGCUACGACCGGUCGUUUGACGACUCUACACAACACUAUUAUGAAGGAGGAAAUUCUCAGUACAGCCAGCAGCAGGCAGGGUACCAACAGGGAGCUGCACAACAGCAAACAUAUUCCCAGCAGCAAUACCCAAAUCAACAGAGUUACCCAGGACAGCAGCAAGGAUAUGGUCCUGCACAAGGAGCCUCUUCACAGUAUUCCAGCUACCAACAGGGACAGGGGCAGCAAUAUGGAAGUUACAGAGCUUCCCAGACAGGCCCAUCCGCUCAGCAACAGAGGCCUUAUGGCUAUGAGCAGGGACAAUAUGGAAAUUACCAGCAAUAAAAGAAUACAGUGCUGUGUCAAAUUCCUUUCAAUAGUAUCUCAAUCUUUUGAACUGGAUGUACAGGCAGUUUUGAUUAAUUGUAAUAUGUUGGUUACCCCUUAGCACAAAGCAGCGUCUGUAUGUGAACAGUGUUCAUUUCAUGCUGGAUAUGAAGCAGUGCACUACUGGUAACAAGACAAUGCUUUAAUGGUUUGAUAUUUGGUGCUGUGUAUAGUACUGUAUGUUGAUACAACGCAGAAGUUUUCCAUUUACCCCCUCUUGUCCCAUUCUUGAUGUUUCUGAAUAGCUUUAGGAUCAUUAGAUCACAGUUGUGCCCCGUUCUGGAAAACAGCCAGGUUGUUCUGCAGUCUGGCUCAAUGCAAAGUCCAUCAGUCACAUCUCAGUCCAGGGAAGUUCCCUGUGGUAAGUUGUCUUUUCUUAACUGGAUGCAUUGAAGAUUACCUGCCAGCCUCCAAGCUUCAUGGUUCUUCAGUUUAUUUCUACAGAACAAGGGGAUGGAUACAUUCCUUAUAAAAAGACAGUUCUAUGCUAUAUGACAAAAAAAUAACUGCAACAUCUGUAAUACCUGCCCUACCCAAGUCCUAUAAUUCAGUAAUCUGCAUAAGUCCUCAUUUCUGUUGUGAAAGCUGCAGAAAGAGGAUCCAAACCUAUGAUCAUAGAAAUGUGAAUAAAUAGAGGCACCUUUUAUAUGUCCAUGUAAACAAAGGUAUUUCUGUCGUGGAAAGAAAACCAGAAGGGAGCUCUGAGACCUGCAGUGUCAGCCUGUUCGAUGUCAAUAUUGCUUCAUAUCGUGCUUAGCUGAGAAAAACAUCUGGCAGAAGUCCCAUCUUGAAUAUCCUACUCCAAAUUUUAUAACAUGCAUAUACAUUUUUUGUGCCAAAUUUUGCAAGCAGGUGGCUGGCAUCCUUCUUUAUUCUGAUUCUUGCGCUGCCCGUGCUCAGAUUCCCCAGCAAGCAUUAUAACCAUGAAUAUUGUCAAAAUUGUUGGUCUGUUGUUCUUACAGCUCAUGAUCACUUUUAUUUUCCUAUCGUAGCUUGACAGAAAAAUAGUUCAGAGGUAAAAGAAAAAAAUGCAUCUUUAUUGCAUAUGAGCAAUUAAAUUCAGCUUUAAUAGUGAGACACUAUUAUGCAUAUAGAGAGGGGAGCUAUUAAUGGGGUCAACCAGUGAGAGAAUAACUAUAGAGGGAGAACUUAGAGAGAAAAACUAGUGGUAUGUAAAAAUCAGUAUGAACAAUGUAA